AUGAUCAAUCCCGUUCUAUUUUCGGGGCGGCGAAACACGUAUUGCAGCGACGCCAGAAAGAACCCGGCUACUGCCUACGAGUUAUUCCUAUCCGCCAUACAGAAUACGGGAGUUGGCACCCAGUUUGCCAGGCUGAAUUUUUCUGGAUUCUGGAAAGAAGGGACUCGGGGACAGCAUUAUCCUCUGAGCGCAUCGUUCUCUAACCAGUCUGUCCUCGUUCUCUUUGACAGCUUUGGAGUUCAGUGCGCAUGCCGCUGCCGCUGUCGCUGCCGCUGCUCCUGCCGCUGUCUUGUUGGAGUCAGGCUGACAGAGAGACGUGAGAGAAUACCACUUUGUUGGAGAGUAGAAUGUGUAGGACUGACUCUUACUGCAUCCCUUUCUGACGGCCGAACCGUCCGGGUGUCAUUUAGGUUGUGUCGAAGAUUGGGUCUUGCUCCCCUGAGUCCUACCACAAAACAAGAGGCACCUCCGUUCCUUCCCUGCUCAGUGUCCCCGUCGUAUUGCACAUUAUCCCUGCAGCUGCACACCUCCUUCCUUGAGUUUCCCUUCGCCUUCCAUUCCUUUUUUCUUUUUUUUGGUCCGGUUGUCUGUAUGUACCUCCCGUCUCCAGUUGCCCCCACACCUGGGUCAGACCAGCCAGUCACCAAGCUCACCAAACAAGCGCAUUCCCUCGUUCCCUCCUUCUCUCUUGCAAACAAACCAAUCAGCAUCGCGUUUCAGAGCACAAUCCUCAUCCACACCACCCACACACCUCUCAGUCGGGUCCCUCGCAUCAUCGCCAAGUUCCAACACCAACAAAGCACAAGCGCAAAGCGCCAAAACAUCCACCUCAGCUUUCUGUGCAUCCACCUCGCCCCGUCCACCUUUCUCUUGUUGCUAUUGUCUGCGAAGGAGAUACUGGCAUACUGCUACAUGCUUGCUUGCGCCGCCGCCUACGGAGACCUUUACCGCACCGCCGCUGCGCCAUCGACAAUCAGCGAACGAGAAACAGAACCACCCGCAGAGGAACACUUCCAAUUCGCUCAACUCACGGCCCAUCUCCUUUUCACACUAUUUACCGGCACCAUUUCGCUGGCUGGCUGCUUUUGCUACCUUACUUACCGUACGGAUACCUUACUCUCUGUAGGCCAAUUUCCCACCAAGCUCACGCACGUCGCCCGCCUGAGAGGUCUGAAGCUGCCUCCUUCCCCGACCUCUGACAGUUAUUCUCGCUCUUUCCGCUGUCAUCCCCAUCUACAACAUUUCAACCUCCUCACAAACAACCACUUCUCCCCCCAAAACCGCUCCAAAACCACUCGCGUCGCUUCUUUUAUUUUGCUCGCCCAACUCUCUUCGCGCAUUCAUUUUCGCACCAUUCUCUCGCGCGACAUCGAGGCUUUCGUUAGUUCUCGAUUCUUCUGCGUCGCUGUCUUCGCUGCGCGACCGUCGCAAUCCCAUCCCUUUGUCGCCGACUCGCCAACCAACGCACCACACACCCGUCGCCUCGUCUUCACCCACGCCCAGAGCAGCCACACGCUUACACCCGACUCGUCCGUCUGGGGAAUCCACUGUUUACGUCAGCCCUCGUCGCCAGCUCGCAAGCUCAUUGCACGCACCUCAGCUUUUUGGCUCCUCUGCCUGCAUCAGCACCACGUCGCACGCUGCAGGUGCCUGGUCCGUCCGCCACUGCCACAUUGCACCUUCGUCAGGCUGUUGCCUCGCGCCUCAUCUCACGUUCGCAUAAAGUCGUCAGGCCGCCCUCAACGCGACCUUUCAUCCCAUCACCUUCGUUGCUCUCAGAGAACCGCGCUUAUGUUCCGAUCACUCUGGAGCAGCGAGCGGGGAAGCGAAACGACGAUCAGUCACAUUCAACCCAUGCCAUCAUUCGCGCAAAAGCAUCAGUUCAUUCUGCCGCAACCUGCGCAAACGGCAUCACUGGCGGGCCCGUCGUGCCCUCAAAAGAGGCGUCUGUCAAGCGUUGACGACUCACCUUCACCAGAUGCACUCAUCGCCACUGAGCAGCCCUUGAAGCGGGCCAAGCUGGAGAGCACCAACCUCGCCGUCUCUGACAUCCCUUCCAGUGUCGUCUCUGACGUACCAGCAUCCGCGUCUUUGCCUGUGCCUGUGCCUGCCGCUGUUCCAGCAGUGACUAACGACAUGGAGGACGCGCGCGACGCUAUCCAGUACCAAUUUGGUCUUGAGAUCUUGCUCAAGCACAAUGAGCUGAGGCUAAUCAACCAAGAACUGGCAAAAUGUCAGGUUGCUCUCGAGCAACUCCGUCGCUGCCAUCUCAUUCCGUAUCCUACUGCCUGUCCCACUCCUGCGCAGAUGUUGGAUAUCAGCAACGGAAAGGGUCCAGCUCUGCAAAACCGUCCGGGAGAGCCUGUCCCCCAAUGGGCUGCGCCUUUUGGAGUUGUCGAUGGACCUUACGCUCGACACUACGCCAAGUGGCUCAUCCCCGAUCCCAAGUUUGAUGGCAUGCAACCUGAGUGGUACCCAGUGCUUGAGACUGCCCGUAGCAGAAGCUCAGUUGAGGGACGAACGACAAGGAACAGCAUGUCUGAUCUCGCCAGCGCAAACAAGAACCGCUCGACUCGGGGUAUUGGCAGCCAGAAGCUGCAGUCUCUCUCCAGCGGCUACCCUCAGCCAAAGGAGAAGGCCGGACCUUGUGUUCUCAAGCGCUCCGACGGCCAGACUGUGAAGCUCGUCUGCUUGGAUUGCAAUCGGGAGAACUUCAGCAGCACUCAGGGCUUCAUCAACCACUGCCGCAUCGCCCAUAGGCGAGACUUCAAGAGCCACGAAGAGGCGGCUGUUCAUUGCGGUCACCCCAUCGAGGUUAACGAAGGCGGCAGUCUUGUUGGAGAGGAAAAGGCUCCGCCUCCCCCAUCAACCGCCAUCGCGUCUGGUCUCGUCCAUCCUUUUGCCCAGACCGACAUGUCCACCCAACAGGCGUACGUUGCUUUGCGUUCUAGGAUCGCAGAUUCCCUCAAGUUGUAUCGUGAUGGCAAGCUGCCUGGCGUUACAAGCAUCCCUCAAAGUACUUCAAAGGCAGAGCCUGCGAGGUCCGCUGCGCCAAAGGCUGGAAACUUCGUCGCCUCGGCUGACACCCCCUUCCUUUCGCGACUCAUGCAGAGCAGAAACUUCACCGGCAACCUCAGUGACAUUGUCAGUGACGCCAAGGAGAAGAUGUCGCUUGAAGACCUCACAUCGCCAGGUGAGGAAUCGGAAGAUAUCGAGACUGGUCUCGGCAGCCCGAAGAGCAAUGCUGGAUCAGCUGCUCGUAUGCCUGCCAUGCGCAUGCCUGCGAGAGCACCAAUGUCACCCGUCACUCUGACUUCGUCGACAAGACCAACAAGCAGCAAGGGAAGGUCGCCUUCUACAGGCUUUGCUUCGCCUCCCAUGAGCAGUCCCGAGAAGGACGACGGACCCACCAGGGUAGUAAUACACUCUGGUGAGGAUGUUGACAUGGAGGACGUUGACCUCAGCCCCAGCACAAUGGUCAGCAACAACGCACCUUCGCUUGUCAGCGACGAUGGCGAAUAUGAUGACUCCGAUGACGGGUCGUCCGAAUCAGGUGUCAGCGACCGCAUGGAUGCCGAGUCGGUGUCUGACGUUGCUGAGAUCACACUUGAUGAGGAUCACGAUGGACGCCCUCUUGGUCAUCACAGGGAGUCUAGCGGAGUCGGUUCCGGUACUGCGAUGCGUCUCAAGAAGGAUGAGAACAAGCAUGUCACUUUCGUUAGCCCUGUCCACGACAGCGCGAAGCGAGCCCGAAAAGUUUAG